AUGGAGGGCCUUCCCCGCGACGGCGGCCAGGACCACGGGGAGGCGCUGCGGCAGAAGUUCCUGGAGCUCGAGCGGCACAGGCUCUGGCAGCUCGGCCGGCGCCAGCGCGCUCGGUGCCAGGGCGGCCCCGCCCUCGGCCACAGUUCCAGCGGGCCCUGCCUGAGCGGCGCCCUGGAUGCCGUCGCCGGGCUCCCUGCGCCGCCCCGCGCCGAGGACGAAGCCUUCCUCAGCAGAGUCCAGGCGGCACUUGCGACCUGCAGGGAGAGCCUGCACACAGAUCUUGCCGAAGGAGAGUGCCGCAGCUCGAAGGACGCGCUGAGUCAGCUGCGCUCGACCUUGCGCGAGCUGUACAGCCACAGCCCGGACGCCUUGCCCGAGCUGCUGGCGGCAGCACCGGCGUCGUCCUCGCCCAGGCACGCGCCAGAGCCCGCCCGCAGCUCGCCCUCGCCGCCGCGGCGCUGGCGGCCGGACUGGCGGCCGGGCUGGCCCGACGCGACGGUGCCUUGGCUGGACGCCUGCGGGGAGGAGCCGCCGUCCGCCGUGGCCGCGAGGGCGCUGGGGCUGCCGUCUGGCUCCGAGGGCCAGCCCGGGACGCCCGUGUUGCCGGGCGAGAACCUGACGCCCCGGAGCUGGACGCCUGGCGCCUCGAGCGACCAGAGCCUGCUGCACAUGGCCGCCCCCGCCGGGCCGCCGAGGGCGCCCGCCCCGGGCUCCGCCGCCGGGGCCGCGCGGGCCGCCGGCUGGGAGUGCUCGGAGGACACCCUGCCCGCCUCCAACGGCUCCUCGCCCCCGCCGGGGAGCGGCGGCAGCAGCAGCGGCGGGUCCGAGGCAGAGGCACUCUGCAGCAGCGGCUCCCCCGUCCGUGCCGGCAGCGCCGGCUCCCCCGCCUCCACCGUGGCCGCCCCCGUGGAGACGCUGCGGCUGUGGCCCAGCAGCGACGAGGCCGCCCCCGCGCGGGACGCCGGCGUGGCCGCCCGGGCGCACGCCAGCCAGCCGCAGGAGCUUGGCGCCACGGGGGACCCAAUCCCCAGCAACUUGUCAAGGGUGUCCUCCGCCGCCGACACCGUGGUCGAGAUCUUGACCCCGCCGUGGUACGUCGUCGGGCUGCCCGGUGCAGGCGGGGCGGCGUGGCCAGAUACCGCAGCAGCCGCGCGGGCGGCGGCAUCGACGACGGCCGGGAAGCUCUGCGAGGAGGCCGUGGACGAUGAGACGACCCCCGAAGGGUUCGCGGGCAUCGCCGACGCCAUCGCCUCGGCGACGGCCACGGCCGUCGAGUGUGGCGAGGUCACGUCGGAGCGCCAGCAGCAGAUCUUCGCCGACGCCAGGGUCCCGUCGCCGCUUGCGGCUCCGCCCAGCGGCUCGCCGCUGCCGGGGCCGAGCCGCGGCGCCGCCGCGGCGGCGCCGCCGGGCCACUCGGCGGCGCUGGGUUGGGCCUCCCCCGGCGAGAGGCAUCCGGGGCAGGCGGCGUCCGCAAGGGCCGACGCCGAGGAGGACCUGGGCGGCGACGACUGGCUGCACGGAGCUUGCGAGGCAGCCGCGGAGGCGGUGCAGCCCCCGCGCGAGGACGGGGCGAAGGAGGCGCGGGCGCCCCGCGCGGUGCGCGUGGUCGCCCCGCAGCAGGUGCGCGCGGUGGCGAGCCCCGCUCGGGCGCUGGCGCGCUCGAGGACGGAGGUGUCGGUGGGAUCGGCGGCGGCAACGCUGGCGGCAGGAGGGGCGCCGCAGCCCGCGCCGCCCCUCGCGCGCGCGGCCUCCGCGGCCGCCGUCGGGGUGCACGGCGGCGCCGGCAGGCCGGCCGCGGCGGAGGCGGCCGCGCAGCAGAGGCACGGGCACGCCGAGGCGACCCGGCCCCUCCGCAUGACGAGCUCGUCGAGCUGCGACGGCCGGUCCUUCUCGCAGCCGGGCGCGGUGGCGCCUCCGGUCCUCGGCGUGCUGCAGGCGGCGCCGUCUCCUUGGGAGCCCUCGACAGGUUCCGUCGGCGCCCCGGUGCCGCUGCAGAUGGCGGUUCCCGUGGACGGCCAGCGGCCCCGCAGCAGGCAGCCGCAGGGCGUCCAGUCCGCCGCGGCCCUGGGGCUCCCGCUGCUCUGCAAGGUCGUAGCGCCGCAGGGAGUCAAGUCCUCCACCUCCCGGCUCUGCAGGGGCAGUGCGCCGCAGGGACUCGCGGCCCUUGCCGCGGCGAUCUCCUCCCCCAGGGAAACGCAGUCGCCGCGCAGGGCCGCCGUGCCGCCCCGGGCGGCCGCGGGCCCUCCGCAGUCGCCCGUGCAGGUCGCCCUGGCGUCGCCGCAGGCCUCGCCGCGGUCGCCCACAGCCAGCGCGCCGGCGCCCGGGGUCUGCCGGCGGGCCUCCGCGUGGCUGGGCCCGGAGCCCUGCGCUGCGCCCUCGGGCGCCUCGGGUCGCUGCCCCCCGGGACCGCCGGCCUGCGUGGCCGCCGCCGCGCAUGCGGGCGUGCAGUUCGGCGUGGGCGCCCACACAGCCCGCCCCGCAGCCGGCAGCGCUGGCCAGCGCGGGCGCGACCGUGCAAUUGACGCAGUCCCUGCGGGCCGCCUGCGCCGCGCCCCGGGAGGCCGUUAG